AUGCUGAAACUGCGUCACAAGAUCACUCGACUCAAAUGGGCGAUCGAUACGUACAACGGGGAUGAGCGCGCAUGGCCUGACUGCUAUCACACCGUACACGGCGAUGAAAAGUGGUUCUUUCUGAUGCGUGACGGUGUACCGUGUCGAGUGUUUCCCACGUGGGAAGAGAAUGAUGAUGGCGGGAUGGAGCAUCGGAUCACGCUGGCGGCCGCAGCACGUGUUUAUCACAAGUCUCGCUGCCCGAAAGUGAUGUUCCUCACUGCAAUCGCACGUCCCCGGCCCGAUCACGACUUCGACGGCAAGGUCGGAAUAUGGAACUUUACGAAGGUGAGAAAAGCCAAGCGCAGCAACCGUAACACGGGCACUGUCGCAGGCGAAACGGACAUAGUCGAGACUGUGACCGUGGAUGCUGAUGAAUAUCGUAGCGUCAUGCUGAAAAAGGGUGGCGUAUUUGACGCGAUCCACACGAAAAUGUGGUGGUUCAAACGAGACUCUGGAGAACCUGAAGCCGGGCAUCCCAUCAUAUACCAACACGACGGUGCGAAGCCUCACACAGCGAAAAAGAAUGAGAAACUCUGGGCCAGUCACGGAGCUCAGAAAGGCUUUCGCAUCGUUGUUCGCACGCAGCCAGCUCAGUCUCCGGACUUGAACGUCAAUGAUCUUGCCUUCUUCGCCAGCCUGCAGUCGGAUACGGAGCUGGUGGCGAAAGAGAACGUCACGGACCUCAUUCAUGCAGUCGAGUCUUGCUGGCAAGCAUAUCCGGCUGAACGCAUGGAAAAUGUCUGGAGCUGCCCUUUCGGUUCUUUCAAAGGCAUCGUGGACACGUCGGGCGACAACUCCUACAGCCACCAUUCUGGCAGUCGUACUGCACAUCGAAGAGGCACCGGCGAUCGUCAAGAUCGGGCGUUUGGAGUGAAAAGGAUCAAGGAAGCGCGGCUCAGUCUGGAGGAAAUGAAAAAAAUGUCGGACGUUUUGCAAGAUGACGCGCUUGCAGAUGCGCCUGGAGACACCAGCAGCGAUGAAAAUUAG